AUGUCUCUCACCUCUCUGCUCUUGGCCGAGCUUCUGCUGGUCACCACAGCAACAGCUUCACACUUCUAUGGAGGCUCAAUGACCUUCAACCCAAGAAGGAAUCAAGAUGGAUCGUACAAGGUUGAGCUUCGCUUCAAGACAACCUACCAUUCCUGUUAUGGAUAUGAUUACUGGCCGUGCAGCUCUGGAGACUGUGGAAAGGAUGUCAGUACUGUGAUUGGUCAAGUAGAUUCAAGUCCCAACGGCGGCAGCUGGUGUCAGUCUGAGGGAGUGAUAACAAAGAUGGUUUCCACCAACAGCCCUUUCCAGCUCCUCAAAAGCAGCUGCUGCUGGAUCUACAACACAGUCACAAAUUCUGGAGACUGGAGUCUUCUCACUUACAUUGACCUCGGAGUGAGAUCGGACACCUCAGAGCCCAACCGUUCGCCAAUAACCACCACCCUACCAUUUGUCAGAGUUCCUCAGAACUGUCCCAGGAGGUACAAUCUUUUAGCCUUUGAUCCUGAUGGUGACCAUGUCACAUGCAGAUUUGGACUCAGACAAAACCAGGAGUGUGGAAUCUGCAACCAACCUGCUGGUUUUACGUUGAAUCAGCAUAACUGCUCUCUGUCAUAUUCGCACACAUUGGUCCGUGGAGUUUAUUCAUUUGAACUGAUGCUGGAGGACUUCCCCACUCAAAAGAUUAUUUUGUCCUACACCAACCAACCUUCAAAGGAAAGAUCUCCAGUCUUUGUCAUCAGAAACCGACGUGCUGCUAAUAAACAUGGAAAUGCAGCCAUACCACCUCAAGCAUUCGCACAUAAACGUUCAACAACCACUACAACACCUACAAUAACUCGUUCAACAACACCUGCAACAACAAGUACAACAACCACAACAACACAGAUAUCAACUACAACGACACCGACACCAUCAACAACCACAACGUCACAGUCGACAACCACUACAUUACCAACAACAACCACUACAUCACCAACAACCACAACAACACCUACAACAACCACUACAUCAACGACAACCACAACAACACCUACAACAACCACAACACCUACAACAACCACUACAUUACCGACAACAACAACAAUACGUACAACAACCACUACAUCACCACCAACAACCACUAUGUUACCAACAACCACUACAACAACCACUACAUCACCUACAACAACCACAACACCUACAACAACCACUAUGUUACCAACAACAACCACUACAUCACCUACAACAACCCCUAUGUUACCAACAACAACCACUACAUCACCUACAACAACCACAACACCUACAACAACCACUACUAUGUUACCAACAACAACAACCACUACAUCACCUACAACAACCACUAUCUUACCAACAACAACCACUACAUCACCUACAACAACCACAACACCUACAACAACCACUACAUCACCAACAACCACAACACCUACAACAACCACUAUGUUACCAACAACAACCACUACAACAACCACUUCAUCACCAACAACAACCACAACACCUACACCCACAACAACAAUCACACCUGAACCCACUAUGACCACAAUUGCCACUACUAUACAAACAACAACCACAUCUCCAAUAACAAUCACUGCAGCAACAACAACAACUUCACCACUGAGCGCAAUACCUCUUCAGUUUUCUCUGCAAGUUGAUGGUCCAGCACCAUCUUGCACUGAGGGUGAAUAUCUACCACGGUUCCUCCAUCCAACGCCACAUCAUGGAGAACACCUGCAGGCACGUGUAAAUCAAGAGCUUGAGAUCAGAGUGAAAGCUUUUGCAUCUUUUUCUAGAAUCGUUGAUAUCAUCAUUAGUGGACCUCUGAACAGCACAAAGUACAAAACCACCACUGGGGAAUAUGUGAUUAACUGGACACCAACCUCAGAAAACUAUGGCCAACACUUUCCAUUUUGCUUCAUCGCAGAAGGACAAUAUGGAUUUGAUAUUUACCACUCUGAGAUGAGGUGCGUUGUUGCAAAGGUUGAUGCUGAAGGACCUGAGGCAAAUGUAACCUGCACUCAAAACUCAAUGUCAGUGACAAUUAAGAGAUCCUCCAUCAAAAACCUCCAUGGUGACCACCUGAGACUGAUAAAUCCAUCUUGUCGGGUUUACACUAACAGUAGCCACCUGUUCACCAACACACUUCUAAACGACUGUGGCACUCAGAUUGAGGAGAACAAUAAUGAACUCAUCUUCAAGAAUAAAAUCAUUACAUUCGAUGAUCCCAGGGACAUUAUAACCAGGAAGGAUAACCUAGAAAUUGAAAUCCUGUGCAAGUACCAGAAAAGGACCAACAUUACGCUGGAGUUCGAUACUCACAGACCACCAAUCAUCUUCUCAGAAAAAGGUUUCGGCACAUUCAACUAUCAGUUUGAGUUUUAUGCUUCUGCAAAUUUCCAGAACAGCAGGGGUCCAGAAUCAUACCCACUUGAGUAUGAUGUGGGCGACAAGAUCUUCAUGAAGAUUGAGCCCGUUACUCCAGUCCUAAACACUGAGAUCUUCCUCGAGUCGUGUGUAGCUACUCCUUACGAUAAUCCCAACUACCCAGUCUCCUAUCCCAUCAUCAAGAACGGAUGCAUUGUAGAUGAAACGGUUCGGUUUUUCUUAAGCCACCAACCAUUCGUCCAGUUAGAAAUGGAGGCCUUCAAAUUCAUUGGGUUCCAUGACCAGGUGUUCAUCAGCUGCUCAAUCAUCAUAUGCCAGGCCAACAAUCCCAACACCCGCUGCUCUCAGGGCUGCGUCAACAGCACAGUCGCUCCACCGGCCCACCACCAUCACAAAAGAGAGGCUCCCCUCCAGACCGAAAGUCACUUCAUCUCCCAGGGGCCCCUGCGGCUGAAGAGGAGCGCAUCUCGUAAGCCAAAUCAUUCAUUCACCUUGUGUAACAGAUGA